GGAGGGGACAAGGGAGGCGGGGUGGUACAAUGUGGCGCUCGGUCUGACGGUGCAAACGUGCAAAAGACGGAGCAAACGCAUGAACUGGAUCGUCGGUUCAAAGUGAGGAAAAGUUAGUGCCAGUGUCAGUCUUCCUCCAUACAGAGAGUGACCAUGAGAGUCAUCCUUCUGCUUUGCAUGCCAGCUCUUCUGCUAGCCCAGCUCUACAUUCCCAACACCUUCCCGUUUUUGGACUAUGAUGAUCCAGAUUACAUCCAGGGGAAUACUGCUGAUGUGAACCAGAGGCAGGUCCCUAUAGACCCACUGUCUGUUCCUGGACAGUCUGAUGCUGAGACAGAGCCCACUGAGCCUGGCCCACUGGAUUGCAGAGAAGAGCAGUACCCCUGUACCAGACUUUACUCUGUUCACAAGCCAUGUAAACAAUGCCUGAACAGUCUCUGCUUCUACAGCUUGCGACGGGUGUACGUUAUCAACAAAGAGGUGUGUGUGAGGACUGUGUGUGCACAUGAAGAGCUACUCAGAGCUGACCUGUGCCGUGACCAGUUCUCCCGGUGUGGCGUAGCGGCGGUGAGUGGCCAGUGUGGGUCUCUGGGAAGCAGCUGUGGGAAGAGCUGUGGUGGCUGCUAGAAGACUGAGGAGAUCGACAGCAUCAGCCCAGAUACUGCCACAUCGCCAACUUCCACUCUCUCUUCUACCCAUCUUAACCAUUCCUUCCCUCCUUUCAUCCUUACCUUCUUCCCUACUUGUCUCUCCCUCUUGAGUUAAAACUCAGUGUUCCACAUCUCUUUCUAAACCAAAGAGGCCCUGUUUGUUUCUUUCACUUUUUCAUCUAUUUUCUUUUCAGAAUUAUAUAAAUAAAGAAACAUCAAAUUUGUAGUACGUAAGUGUAUGGAUAGAAAUAUAUAUACUCCACAGGAACUUAAUGACUGUUUAAUUUCACUGGUACUAUUAAAACAGUAUCACACUGGUGCUAUGAAAAGCAGCACAGUCAGAUAUUCACAUAAGACUGCCAUUUUUUUUGCCAUUUUAUAUUCUGUACUGUUCUUUGUUGUUGUUGGAUGUUUGUAUGUAUUUUUUUUUACUGUACCUCUGUUGCAAAGCAGUGAUGGUCUUGACCAACCUUUAGUAAGGUAAAACGUCAAAUGUCAGCCACUGCACACUGACAAUAAAAGUAUAAUCAAUACUCAAUCAGUAAUAAUCACACGUUUCCCUACUUUGAGGAAUGGCGAACACUCAGAGGCAUUUCAACUUCUAGAAAGUAAUCUAUCUGGUGAGUUCAUUACAACCUUCACACAGCUAUAAGACUACCUGGCAGAAAACGUGUAGUUUCACAUAUCAGUGUCUAGAAGUGCUCUGAAAAGGCAGCUCACAGAUUUUUUUUUCUGUACCACUGCUUUCUAACACCUCUCAUUAUAAAGACGAAGAAAAUAAAAUAAUUGUUUAGAUUUUUUACCACA